AGCCAUGACGUUGUCCACAAGGGAGCUAGAGUUUGUUGCGACAACUGACUCUGUGGGCGAGGUGUUCUUUAUCCUCAAUGGAGAAUGGGAUCUGAAGAGUUCCAAAGUGGAGAUCUCUCGCUUCAAUAGUGGGCCGGUGAACCUUUCCUCUAUAGAGAUGACGAUUACAAUCAAAAGACGACCUUUCUACCUGUUGAUCAACAUCGUGUUACCUGUGGUGUUCCUGUCCUUUCUGAACCUGCUGGUUUUUGUUAUCCCUGUAGAGUCUGGGGAAAAGAUUGGCUUCGGCAUCACCGUCCUGCUGGCACUGAGUAUGUCUAUGAGCCUGAUCAGUGGCAUGCUGCCCAAGUCCUCGCUGACCAUCCCAAAGCUGACCAUCUACCUCUUCGUCCUCCUCAUCAUCUCCCUCCUCACCGUGGUGGACAAUGUCAUAAUCGCCUUCAUGUACCACAAGCAACAGAACGAGUUCCUGAAAAGCGAAAAAGAAAAGUUAAACCGGGGCAAUCACCCUUCCAGCCAACAGACCAAGUCAUCGAUAAACACCCAGUCCAUCACCUUAGAAUCUCUCCCCCGCGUGAUGUCAUCCGAGUCUCUCCACAGCGACUACGGCUAUCCGGAGUUUUCCUCGGCUGCCUCUAGCAGAAGGUACAGCUGUAUCGACAAGUACAUCGACUCCGUGUCGUUCGUCAGUUUCUUCCUCAUCUGGGUGGUGGUGACGGCGUACUACUUUGUGGAUCUGACGUCACAUUAGGGAGGGGUGC